UUAGCUGUUGGUGUUGGUGUUGGUGUUGUUGCUGACGGGUUGCUUAGCCAUUUCUGUGCACGCUUCUGCGUAACAGGCGCCUGUAGUGUUGACACGUUCAUAAGUGAUCGGCGUUUGUGGCACGUGUUGCCUUUGCUUCACAACUGUUGGCUUGUUUUAGACUUAGAGGAGGGUAUCGCUCUUCGAAACGAUGAAGAGAAUGGUGCUGAUGGUGAGGCCUGGAACACGGGAGACAGCAACGAGAGUGUUACCGUCAAGACAGGAAGCGCAACUGAUGCAGACGACUUCCAGAAGUUAGGCUGCUGCUUUUCUCUGGGCAUUGCCUUUGCCUCCAGCUGUGGUGGUAUGGGCACUGUCAUCGGUACGCCGACGAACGUUGUCCUCUUCGGCCUCGUGAGCGAUCGCUAUGGUACGGACACCGGACUCACCUUCGGUUCGUGGGCCGCCUAUGGUAUGCCACUCUCAUUUAUCCUUCUGAUUUGCGUUUGGGCUAUCCUCGGCAUCAUUUUCAUCGGUCCAAAGAAGUUUUUUGCAUGCCGCGGUCGUGAUAAGUCGCGGGAGGCAGCAAUUCAGCAAAUCCUGGAAGAGGAGAAGAAGGCUCUGGGUCCGGUCGGAUGGGCUGAUGGCUCGGCCAUGGGCAUCCUUGCGUUGGUUAUUCUGCUGUGGAUUUCUCGGAAGCCUGGUGUUGAUGGUUGGUCGGCUAUUGUGCCAUUCAAGAUUGGGGCCAAUGGCAAGCGAAUUGAGCUGACGACGGACACUCAGCCAGCUCUUUUGGGCACUAUUCUGGUUUGCGUGUGGCCUGCGUACAACCCCUUCCGUAGGAGACGUCCUGAUGAGGCACCGGUGGAUCCCUACGAGACUGUUCUUCCAUGGAAGGUGGCUCAGUCGCGUUGUCCGUGGCAGGUUCUCUUCCUCAUUGGUGGUGGUUUCUGUCUCUCUGAGAUUUGCAGUCUGUCUGGUCUCUCGACUCUCGUGGGUCAGUACAUGUUGGGUUUGAAGUCGCUCCCACUGUUUGUUCUCAUUUUGGUGUUCAGUCUCUUGUCCACUGUGAUGACCACUUUCGUGGCAAACGCAGCCACUGCUACGGUGCUUUUGCCUAUCAUGUUUGAAUUGUGUGAGAAUCUCGAGAUCCAUCCGUACUACCUCGGAUUGCCGGUGACAAUUGCUGCUAGUAUGGCAUUCAUGUUGCCGGCAGGGACUCCAGCGAAUGCGAUCGUCUACAGCAAGGGUCGUAUCAACAUCAAUCAGAUGAUCUUUGCGGGGUCCUUCGUGGCAAUCGCUGGUGUUUUAGUGGUAACAUGUUGCACAGUGACGUACGGUGUUCCCAUCUUCAAUUUGAACGUAUUUCCCGAGUGGGCUGUUCGUGGAGUCGUGAAGACAACUGCUAGUAGUCUGGGCAACGCAACGACUCCCCUUCCCUAG